GCCGUCAUGACUAGAAUCAACAACAAACAAGAGACAAUGAGUGAUGAUGGUGAGGGCAUUGUUGAGGGACAGCAGACGGAGAUUCCUGGGGAGAAGCACAUCAGGUUUAGGGGCGAUGGCAAGACCGUCAGGAAUGUGGAGGACAGAGUCCAGGCGUUGGACCCUGAGGAGAAUCGUCAGGAGGAGUCAGAGGGGCUUGAGGUACCUCCGAAACGUGGUGUGUCAAUCUUCGAAUUCGUCAAGACUGAGCUCACGAGGGGCUACCAAUUGGAGCAUGACGAGGAGAGGUUCUCAGCGAGGAGAGAGAAAAUUUAUUCAUUCAUGAAGAUUCCUAGGGAGGUCGAAAAAUUUAUGUCUUAUGGAUUUUUCCAGUGUGCAGAUUCAUUUUUAUUUGUUUACACUUUUUUACCGUUAAGAUUUCUUAUGGCUCUGUGGGCAAUCAUCAGUCGACCCCUCAAGCAUUGUUUGAGAGGGAAGAAAGGUGCUCGAAAAAAGGGAGAACGGUUUUUACGUCCAGCUGAAGUCUGCGAUUUACUGAAAGGGGUUGUUGUAGUGGGUUGUUGGGCAGCCAUAAGCAAAGUCGACACAUCGAUGAUGUAUCAUUUGGUCAAGAGUCAGUCGGUUAUAAAAUUGUAUAUUUUUUAUAACAUGCUGGAGGUCGGGGAUCGGCUAUUUAGUGCAUUUGGACAGGACACUAUUGAUGCUUUACUGUGGACAGCCACUGAGCCAAGGUCGCGGUCACAGUCCACGCAUCGACAGCCGCUGGGAACCCUUCCACACUUGCUGUUUGCAUUGAUCUACGUCUUAUUACACAGCAUUCUCGUACUGUUCCAAGCUACGACUCUGAACGUCGCGAUAAACAGCAGUAAUAAAGCUCUCUUGACAAUUAUGAUGUCGAACAAUUUUGUAGAAUUGAAAGGCUCUGUCUUCAAGAAAUUCGACAAGAAUAAUUUAUUUCAACUAGCCUGUGCGGAUGUCAGAGAGAGGUUUCACCUGACGAUGCUUCUCCUAGCUGUGAGUCUACAGACGAUGAAAGAAUAUGCGUGGAGAGCUGAUCGCCUAGUCGUUCUCCUUCCUGAUUGUAUACUUCUGCUUGUUGCUGAAAUUCUUGUGGAUUGGGUGAAACACGCCUUCAUCACGCGCUUCAACGAGCUCCGCUCCACUGUGUACCGUGACUACACUGUGAAUUUAGCCUAUGACAUGGCCCAAACCCGCCAGGAGACCGCGUUUUCCGACCCCUCGGAUCUUGUGGCUCGUCGAAUGGGCUUCAUCCCCCUGCCCCUCAGCGUAGCCAUAGGUAAGGUUCUCUGCACAACUCUGACUACAUCAGCCAAGCCUGCCAACCUCCUCCUCUUCUUCCUGGGGUAUUUGAUCCUGGUGGCCCUCAGGGUUCUUAACAGCCUCAUCAUCCUGGGGAAGGCCUGCGACUUGAUCUCUUCUCACACAAGCAAGAACAACGUUAAUCCUGAAAAAUCACCUGUUCGGAGGAUGCAGAGGUCCACCAGUGUUGUGGAUCAGAAAAAUCCCAACUGUACAAUGGCAAUGUUUUCAAACUCAGCUGUCAGUCUCAACAACGUCUGCCUCAACGAGGGUCUGCUGAGUAACGACAAAGUACAGUCCAAUUCUGAGGAAUUUUCCACUAAACAUGUGGUCAGAGCUGAGAGUGAGCCUCUCCUCCCUCAAUGACAUGACUUCACGUCUUACGUAAUGAUUACGUAGUCAAUUUUUUUUUAUUUAAAUGAUCAUGUACAUACACUGUACAUAAUGACGUUAAAUUUAAGGGGUUUUGAUAUUUCUUCACUGAAAGAAAGGAUUGUGAUUGUGCUAUAGGGUCUUUAGUCACUUGAUUUAUCUAUAUAUUGAUUUUUUUGGUGUCAGGAGUGAUAUAGCGGUGCGAUGUCUGGUAUUCUUUUGUUCCACGCGUGGGCUGAGUAAAACAAACAAUUUUCUUUUUUUUUUCCUUUUUUUUGUGAGAAAAAUAAUUCUUCUGUUUAUACCGAGUCUAACCUAAUGAUCUCAGUCAAUAGAUUUAUUUAUGAGUCAUAACUAUUUUGAAAAAAUUGAAAAAUGUUUGGUUUAACUUCGUCAAGACUGCGACUCUUUAUUUUUUAAUGGGAUAGUUCAAAUUAUGUUGCUAAUGUAAUCUAAGAGAAAUUUUUAUCAUUGAAUUAAUAAAAUUACGAUAAAAA